AUGGGCUGCAUUAAUAAUUGCGAUCCUAAACAGUCCAAAAAGUGCUUCAGAUGUAGUUUUGUCGCCAUUUAUACUCUUCUAGCCGUGGUUUAUCAAGUUCCCAUACCUAUCAGUUACAAGUUAUUUGGAGGUCUCGAUAUCGUUAUCAGAAAAGUGCAUUUAGUCGUCUGUCUUUGCAAUAUACUUUCGAAUUGGAUUUUCUUUAUUUUGGACGUUAUUUCUUUCAUCGUAGCAAUUCCGAUGUUGUUCGAGGCCAUGAAAAUUGUGCCUUUGAUUAAAGUAUUAUCUGACGACAUCCUACAUUUGCAAAAGGAAAUACUCGGCCAAAAUCCAUACUUCAAAUUGAUUAUCGUAACUUGUUUCACCGUCCGUUUCGCCGCUGGAAAAUCCGUAUUUUUUAUAAAAAGUUUCAGUAAGAAAAUGUGGAAAGACAUCGAUCAAAGUUGGAUGAAAAUGAUGAAUUUGCUCUCGGAUGCCGAGAGAGAAGAACUACACGUUUACAUUCGUAAAUUAUUUUGGAAAAUAUACGUAAUUAUGAUCUUUUCUAUAUUCCUCACUCUGUACAUUUUCUUGAAGCUGACCGGUCUCAACCACCAAAUUGCAAUUUUGUUUCCCGAGAAUGCUAUGUUGGUAAUUUUAGGAGUUAUCACUUUGUUCUUCUUCGUAUCGAUUACCUGGAUCUGUUCGAUCCUCUAUCUAUACUGCGUAAGUCGAGUGAUUUCACGCUUAUUCGACAAGAUUAAUGCCAGUAUAGAAUCCAUGAUGAAUAACGAAAUCACCAUGGAUGCACUCUAUCUAAUCCACGAUAAGCAUCAGAUGUUAAGCGAACUGGUCUUAAAUGUAGAUCGAAUCUUUAACAUCUACAUUUUCGUAGUAUACUUCACUAGCAUACCGGAAUGUUGUAUUGCAUUAUAUUGUUACUUGUUCCCGUCAGAAGAUACUUCUCCAGAUCUGCUACUUCUCUGCAUAACAUUCGCCCUGUUAGCCUUCUUGUCUGUGGCCCUGAGUGCUGCGGAAGUGGCCAAUUCUGCACACUCUACGUAUGAUUAUCUGUGCGAUCUUUUCAUUAACGAAACUACUUCUGAGCAACAAUCAAAGAUUCUUUUAUUAUUAGAACGUCUUUCCGGCCCAAAAAUUGGUUUAUCUUGUCUGGAAUUAUUUGUUGUAACCAGAUCUAGCAUCGUAAAUGUUAUCGGAAUGACGGCGACUUAUUUUCUGACGAUUAUUCAGUUCAGGGGUGUCAGCCAGAGCGUUACGGGACACCGUUAA